ACCAGGUGUGCACUGUGGGCCAGUGACGGAGUCCACAGGGACCUCAGGAGAUGUUUCUCUGCCUGAGAUAGUGGGGCGGGAUCUCAGUGGGGCGAGUGCUGCCAGGAGAGGCGUCAGGGGCGUUGAUACCUGCUUGACCCUCCACGGCUGGGACUUUGAAGGAGGCAAACAGGGUCUGCCCAGGCCAAACCCAGAGAUUCCACAGAGGCUGGAACCCAAACGAGCUGGUGGAAGCCACCAGGUCUCUACUGCCCCAGCACCCCGACCCCUACGUGGAACAGGCUGUAUCUCCCAGGCAUUGAUCAGCUCCUGUUCCAAGUCCUCCUCAGCAGCCCCGGGACCAUGAACGGCACUUGCAGCACCCCCUCCUGGCCCCCGUGGCUCCAGCACACCUUCCUCAUCUACUCGGGCUCCCUGCUGGUGCUGGGCCUGAUGCUCAACGGCCUGGCCCUCUGGGUGUUCUGCCGCCGCAUGCCGCAGUGGACGGAGACCCGCGUCUACAUGGCCAACCUGGCCGGGGCCGACCUCUGCCUGCUCUGCUCCCUGCCCUUCAUGCUGCUGUCCCUGCAGCACACCUCGGACACGCCACUGUGCCAGCUGUCCCAGGGCGUCUACCUGGCCAACAGGUACAUGAGCAUCAGCCUGGUCACCGCCAUCUCUGUGGACCGCUACGUGGCCCUGCGGCACCCGCUGAGAGCCCGCGGGCUGCGCUCCCCACGGCAGGCGGCUGCGCUGUGUGCGGCCCUCUGGGGCCUGGUGCUCGGCUCCCUGGUGGUCCGCUGGCGCCUGGGGCUGCAGGAAGGCGGCUUCUGCUUCCGGAACCAGGCCCGGCAGGAUUUCAGCAGCACCACGUUCUCACUGCUGGGCUUCUACCUGCCGCUGGCUGUGCUGGUGUUCUGCUCUCUGCAGGUGGUGACCGCGCUGGCCCAGAGGCCAGCCUCCGAAGUGUGGCAGGCGGAGGCCACCCGCAGGGCCGCCCGCAUGGUCUGGGCCAACCUGAUCGUGUUUGUAGUGUGCUUCCUGCCGCUGCACGUGGUGCUGACGGCGCAGGUGGCCGUGGGCCCGCUCUCCUGUGCCCUGCGCAAGGCCUUCAGCCACGCCCUCGCCAUCACCAGCAGGCUCUCGGAUGCCAACUGCUGUCUGGACGCUGUCUGCUACUACUACAUGGCCAAGGACUUCCAGGACGCCUCUGCACUGCCCACACCACCCAGCGCUCAGGCUCACAAGAGCCAGGACUCUCUGAGCCUCACCAUCACCUAGGAGGCCCACACUGUGGGCCAGGUCUCAGGGUCUCUGGACAGGCAGCUAGCCAGGGAGCCUGUGGCCAGCAGCAUGGAGCCCUGAGACCAACCCUGGCCUCACCCUGGUCUGUGGACACUCUUGGAGGCCAAGUUGGAAGGCUUGACCCAGGCUUGCUGAGCCAGGGAUGGCUUCACCUACUUCCCUGGGAAGGGACAGGGAUAUCAACCAGAGGAUGAGGCCUGAGAGGGCCAACCCCAAGGACCUGGGACAGGUGCACAUAGCCGUCACCCCAGAGCUGACUCCUUGGGGACGCACUAGGGCUGGAGUGAAGCUGUACACUGCUGGCAGGCUGCAGGACCCUCUGUCACCCUCCCCAACCCUAACCUAGCCAGGUGUAUCUGGGGAUAGGGCAGGGGUGCAGUGGCCCUGGGGUGCAGUGGCCCUGGGGUGCAGUGGCCCUGGGGGUGCAGUGGCCCUGGGGUG